AUGGACCCCGACCUGCAUCUGACGCCUGUCAAGAUACGAGGAAGGAAACGAAAAGCACCUCUGCUACCAAUUGCCGCAACAAUCACCUCUUCAGCGAAUGCAGCACCGACAACAGGAGCUUUCAACCAAGCAAAAUAUCAACACGCAAAGAAAUCUAGAAAAACCCGCAAGCACACAGUCGCAGCCAUGCCCACCCUCCUCGGCCUCCCCGUCGAACUCCUCGAGCUCGUCUUCCUGCAUUCAAUGAACAUCUCCCUCCCACGUGCUUCACCCCUGCUCGGCCGCAAGCUCAGCUCCCGCGCCGUGACACUGGAAUUCACCAUGCGCAGCUUCUUCCACACCGUCGACCACCGCACAAACUACCGCGACCGACGGAAGACCAGCAAUCCUGCCAUCCAGAGCGAACUGCUUUGCUGCCGCUUCUUCACGUGGGACUUCUUCCUCAGGUACGUCGACAGGGCGCACGAUGCCAUGGUCACUCUACGGGGCAAGGCGUGGGAGAAGACCGGUGUUGAAGUUCCCGGUGUCCGCUUGUUCGACGGACUUUGGCCGUUCAGAUUCACCACGAUCCCGUACCUUGCUUUUGCCGAGGGCUUUCACGUCCCGGAGAAGCUGCUGCACGGACCGUGGGACGAGGGCAAGGUCAACAUGCUGUAUGUCCUGGUUAGUCUGAACGCGGAGAUUGAUUGGGAAGGCAGUAUGGCAGGCGAGACGGCGAAGCAGGGCAUUAGGGGGGCGGUGGCGGAGGAGAACGAAAGAGCUGUUGCGGCGCUGAGCACCCUGCUAGGCGUCCCCAAGGCGAUUGAUACAGGACUGCUGCGGUAUGCGGUUCUGGACUGUGGGUGCAACAUCAACAUCCUAAGGCAUCUGCUUUUCAAUGCGCAGAUCCUGGCUCAAGCGGUAAGCAAGGAUGUGCUGGACUUCCUGGACACGAGACUCUGGGCUUGGGCAGAUGCAAAUGGCGAGAGAGGGAACGUGCUGAAGCUCAUGUUGAGGAAAGCCAAUGCUUUUGAUCUCGAGUUCUACUUUGAAGACGAUGCGGAUUGGACCAAGAUCGUGCCGUUUCCCUACGGUGGGAGCAAGUUCGACUCAAGAACAACAUUCGAUGACGUGGUUAGGGAGCUGCUGAUGAACCUGUACUGGAGCUAUGGGCGCAAGAUCACACGACGAAGGACGCGCCAGUUGGAGAGUGGGGAGCGAGUCACAUAG